AUACCUUCCAUAUCUGUUCCUGUCUCUGUGUUGCCUGUAGCUCUCAUCCCGACAUCCUUUACUUGUAUCUUCACUGGGCUUAUAGGAAUUAUACUAUCGAUGUUGGACUGCUGUGUUACAUUUGGGAAGUAAAACAAAACGACCGGCCAAAAUGUCUGAUAAAAAGAUGACAACGAGCCGUAGGAACUACCUGAAGAGCUUGAUGCUGCAGAUCGCUGCCGGGUUGCUCGAGGCUGAAGCGGUCGAGGCUGAGGCAGAGAAGGCCAGGUACAUGGAGGAGAACUGCCCUGCCCCACAAUUCUUGGUAUGCAUGGCAGAGCUCACGGACUUGUGCAAGAAGCUCCAUCAGAAUAUCGAGAGGAUUGAUGAGGAGAGAUACGACAUGUCAACCAAGGUGACCAAGUCCGAGAAGGAGGUUGAGGACUUGAAGAUGAAGGUAGUUGAACUGAAUGGCAAGUUCAGGAAGCCCGUCCUGAAGAGAGUGCGUAUGUCUGCUGAUGCUAUGCUCCAGGCUCUGCUGGGCUCCAAACACAAGGUGUCCAUGGAUCUGAGGUCCAACCUGAAGCAGGUCAAGAAGGAGGUCAAGGAGGAGGACAAAGAUGCUGUGGGUGACUGGCGUAAGAACAUCGAAGACAAAUCAGACAGAAAGAAGAUGUUUGAGACUAAUAAGGAGUAGAUACGAAACCUGUCUGGAACUCUUCUGGCAAAUAUCCACGUGUGUAAUCAAAUGCUCCUGUUUAGACCAACCAAUGUGUUCGGAUUUCCAUUUGUCCCCCAUUGGAUAUCUGGCCUUUUGUUUCACACGUAACACAAAAACAGUUAGGUGACCCAAAAAAUUAUAUUGUGCAAUAUUUAUACUAAUUGUCAUCAAAUAAACCCUGGUCAGCUAAUAGAAA